UGGAGGGCCCUGUUUCAAAAACAGAGUCCUCUGUUCUUCUACCAAACAACCAACCAACUCUCAAAAACAAGAAGAAGAUGAUGAACAAGAGCAAAAGCUUCAACCCAAGACUCCACGAGAGAAGCAAAAACUGGCAGAAGAAGAACAAGGUGACACUUGAAGGCUACAUAGAAAAUGAUCAUCAGGUUCCGGGUUCAGAGAGUAGUACUACCGUUCGGAGAACAAAGAGCUUGAGUGAAGAGGACUUGGAGGAGCUCAAGGGUUGCUUGGAUUUGGGAUUUGGGUUCAGUUAUGAUGAGAUCCCUGAGCUUUGUAGCACUUUGCCUGCUCUCGAGCUUUGUUAUUCUAUGAGCCAGAGGUUUCUAGAUGAGCAGCAGCAGCAGAGGGUCAAUGAGUCUGGUUCUUGUGAUCAGGAUUCUGUGAGCUCUAUGGGUUCUAGUUCUUCUCCUGUUGCAAAUUGGAAAAUCUCCAGUCCUGGGGAUCAUCCAGAUGAAGUUAAAGCAAGGUUAAAAUAUUGGGCUCAAGCUGUGGCCUGCACUGUUAAAUUGUGCAGCUAGCACUCAAAUUAUAAGCUUUAUAGAAAUUACAAAUUGCAAUACAUUAAUCAGAUGAUUGAUCAUGUUUAAAGCAACCAAAUGAUGGCUAUUCACGAUGAUGAUGAUGAAAUAGAAAAAUAAGAAAAAGUAAGAGAUCAAGUAUUGAAAGCAAGAAGUGAGAUUGAAUACUAAACAAUGGUAUAACUGUAAAUGAUCAUUGUUGUAAAAUUGCUUAAUGCAAUGGUAUGAAAUGUAAUCAGCUAGUCACAAUUCUUUUUUUUUUUUUUGGUUAAUUCAGUCACA